AUGGAUUGCGAUUUGCUGUUUGAGGAGUUUAUGGAUCCAAGUGCUUUAGAUUUCAAUGAAUUGGAGGGAAAAUAUCCGCUUUAUGGAUACUCCGAGAGCCCAGAUGGUCUUCCUGACCAACAUAUCGAUUCCAUUGGUUUGUCUUGUCCAGUCGACGUAUACCUUGAUUAUCUGUUUUCCAAGGGCAUCGUGGACUCGAUGGAUGAUCAUAUUAUUCUGGCGUCAGAAUGCGAUGAAGUAGGCGAACUAAAAGAGCACCUCAUUUCCUCAGUGUUCAACUCCUAUUACAAGCAAACAUUUGAAAUCGAGAAGGGCGCCAGUGGUAAAGAUAACCUGGUGCUAUCAGCGAGCUUGUUGUUACCUGACAAUGACCAAUCGAGCGAUACUGCGUCUUUGAGCGACGCUAGUAGCGAUGUGUCCGAUAAUUUGGAAGGGCUAGCAGCUCGUUAUCAAUAUUACGGGGCCGGAGGUCAAGCUGCAGUUGUGGAAUUCCCGCUCGACGGCCAGCCAGGUGCAAUCUGCAAGGGGCAGGCAGGAAACAGGGGGGAACGUGCCAGGCGUCGCGUUUCUACGCGGGAAUACAAGUGCAAUUUCCCGGGCUGCACCAAGGUAUAUACGAAGAGCUCACAUUUGAAGGCACAUAUAAGACGACAUACUGGCGAAAAACCUUUUGCCUGUACUUGGAAAGGAUGCAACUGGAGGUUCUCAAGAUCCGAUGAGUUAGCUCGCCACAAGCGCUCUCACAGUGGGAUAAAGCCAUUUAUUUGUGACCUCUGCGAUAAGAGAUUUUCUCGGUCCGAUCAUUUAGCUAAGCACAGGAAAACGCAUUAUCGCACGAGGAAAAACUCUACCUGCGUUAUGAAAAUGUAACCGUUAGUUAGCUAGUUUAAGCCUUUUCAGUCAUCCCUUCGCGAAACAAACUAAAAAACAAUCUCAAGUUUCAUUUUGCACAAAAACAAAAACAAUCGACUUUCUAAGCAGUCUGCACAAUAUGCCCCCUUGCGCAUAAUUAGAUUUUUAUAUCACUGGAAUUACGAGCCACUAGUGUCUGUAAGGCAUACUAUUUAACCCAUUUACCUCCAAGCGCCCCACUUAAGUUUAUAUUCUGCUACACAAAAAUUAAAACCAGAUUUUCAUAAUAUACAUCUCUGGCAUGGUAUGAAAGGGUUUAGGCUAGUUGCUACGACGCAUGCACGGGUUGAAUUUAGAUAUAAAACCUUUUCGGACAACGGAAAUACUUUCUCACCUUUUCGCGGCUCACAAGCAAAACAUAGCCGGUGUUAUUACAGUCAUUCAUGCUAAUUUUCUUAGGUUUAAUGUAAAUAUGUGCUUUUCAAUGUUAUUUUCGAGAACAGCAUUCGAGAGUAUAAAGUGUUAUUUCCCUGUUGUUCAACAGUAUAUUAUAGUUUUCAGGCAUUUUAUCCGGUAUUUUCAACAAACGUGUAUUUCUUGCCCACUACGUGCUUUACAAUGUUAUUUUCGAGAACAGCGUUCGAGAGUAUAAAGUGUUAUUUCCCUGUUGUUCAACGGUAUAUUAUAGUUUCCAGGCAUUUUUUCCGGUAUUUUCAAGAAGCGUGUGUUUCUCGCACACGGCCAGAAAAGACAUAAAUAUAAUCAAGAAAUAAUUUUUCGUUGAGUUAUACUGUUAAAAGGUGAGCAUAUAUAUUUUUUUUCAUUCCGGAUGAUAUGUGCCUCGGCAAGUUGU